AUGUCUCGAUUUUUUAAUAAUCGCAGCGGCAUGGGGAUGAAUAAUUUCCAGCCUCGCCGAAGUGGUGGAGGUGGCGGUCCGAUGCGGGGUAAUUUUAUGGGAAGCCCCAAUUUCAGGAACCACCCUUUCCAAAACCAGAAUCGCCGGGGAGGAAACAAUAACUUCAACCGAGGACAGCAGUCGGGUAACCAGAAGACCCAUAACAACCAGAGCAUGCCGCUCAUCCCACCGCCAAGCCCCGGGCCUGCUCUCACGAUGAAAGGCCCUAUGGACAAACAGAAGGAGCAAGAGAAUCCGACGACCACUGUCACGGAGACAAAGAAUCAACCCCAGGUCAAGCAGGAAAUUACAUCGCCCCAGUCGAACCAGGCCAAUACGACUCCACAGAUCAAGUCGCCUACUGGAAAUGCUAGCGGACGACAACCGCAGCAGAAUCAAUCCACGCUCACGAGUCCUAAGCCAGGCCCUCAACCAAACCAACAGAAUCUGAAAACAAGCUCGCAAGCAAACCAGCAGAACCAGAAGACAGGGAUACAACAGAACCAGAAGGGAGGACAACAACAACAAAAUCAGAGGGGAGGCCAACAGCAAAAUCAACAGAAUCAGAGAGGAGGCCAACAGCAGAACCAGAGGCCGGUCCAGCAGCAGAAUCAACAGAACCAGAGGCCGGUCCAGCAGCAGAAUCAACAGAACCAGAGGCCGGUCCAGCAGCAGAAUCAACAGAACCAGAGGCCGCAGACUCAACAGAACCAGAGGCCGGUCCAGCAGCAGAAUCAACAAAACCAGAGGCCUGGUCCGGAGCAGGAUCAACAGAAUCAGAGGCCUGGUCCGGAGCAGGAUCAACUAAACCAGGGGCCUGGUCAGGACCAGAACCAGAUGCCUGAUCAAGAGCAGAAUCAGCAGAACCAGAGGCCUGGGCUAUCAGCAGAAUCCACAGAACCAGAGCAAAAUUUCAAGGCAGCACUGUCCAUGUUGCUGAAACCUGGCGAGAAAACAUACACACAAAGAUGCCGUCUGUUCAUUGGCAACCUUCCAAGUGAUAUCACUGAGGAUCAUUUCAGGAAGAUUUUCGCCAAGUAUGGAGAACCUAGUGAAGUUUUUAUCAACAAAGGAAAAGGCUUUGGCUUCAUUCGACUGGAGUCCCGGGCCCUUGCAGAGAUCGCUAAAGCCGAAUUGGAUGACCUGCCGAUGAGGAACAGAAACCUCCGAGUCCGCUUCGCCACACACUCUGCGGCUCUUUCAGUGAAGAACCUAUCCCCGUACGUAUCCAACGAGCUCCUGGAAGAGGCAUUUUCCCAGUUCGGGAUGGUUGAGAGGGCCAUCGUCAUCGUUGACGACCGUGGGCGCGCCACCGGCAAGGGCAUUGUUGAGUUUGCCUCAAAGCCCGCCGCUAGGAAGGCACUGGACCGGUGCAACGAGGGUGUCUUUCUGCUUACCACGUCACCGAGGCCCAUAGUUGUGGAGCCUCUUGAGCAGUACGAUGAUGAAGAUGGACUUCCUGAGAAGCUGGCACAGAAGAACCCCAGAUAUCAAGUAGAGCGAGAGGAACCCCCGCGCUUUGCCCGUCCCGGUACCUUUGAGUUUGAGUACUCCAAGCGCUGGAAGUCACUGGAUGAGAUGGAAAAACAACAAAGGCAGCAGGUGGAGAAGAACAUGCGCGAGGCACGCGAGAAACUGGAAAGUGAGAUGGAGGACGCUUACCACGAGCACCAGGCCAACCUGCUCCGCCAGGAUUUGAUGAGGCGACAGGAGGAACUUCGGCGCAUGGAAGAGAUGCACAGUCAGGAGAUGAAAAAGCGGAAGGAGCUGCAAUUGAGACAAGAAGAAGAACGUCGCAGGCGUGAAGAGGAGAUGCUUCGCAAGCGGGAGCUGGAGGAACAAAUGAGACGCCAACGAGAGGAGACCUACAGGAUGGGCAGCUACAUGGACAGGGAGAGAGAAAUGAGAAUGAGUUCCUCUAGUACAAUGGGCAUGGGAGAUAUGUCCUUUGGUACCGUUUCCCAAAACUUCACCUUGAGCGGAAUGGGAUUUGAUUCGCAGCAACAAAUGGGAAGUUCUCCGUCAUCCCAGAUGAGCAAUGACUUGCGCAAUGAGCGCUACGCUCAGAGCGUUACCCGGGGAAUGGGUACUGGUAACAACUCUUACAGCCGGGUCCGUGAAGAUUUCGAUGGCCCCGCUAAGAAAGCUCGUUUUUAA